AUGAAUUAAAUAAAAGAUUGGGAUAUAAAGUGUCCAAAUACAGAGCAUGAUUGUAUUGUUUAGUUAGCUUGCUUUAAUGAAUCUUGUAAAGCAAAUAGGAUUUAUUGUUUGAAAUGUUUAAGAUUGGGAGAUCAUAUAGCACAUCCAAAUGAUCAAUAUGAUUUGAUCAAAUUACUUGGAUUGGCAGAAAACGUUAAAUAAUAAAGUGAAGAAUUAAUAAAGAAACUAAACUCUUAUUCUGAAAAAAUUAACUAAUAAUUUUAAAUAAUAUAUGAAGGAAUCAGAGCAAGAUAUAUAUUUUCGUUAGAAAAACUUACAUAAUUAAAUGCACAAUAAUUAAAUUAAACUUUGGAUUAUAUGUUGAAAUAUGAUGAAAUUGCGAAAAGAAUAUUAUUAAAUGUAGAUUAAUGUUCGAAUGAUAUAAUAUUUUAAUUCAAUAAAAUAAUAACAGAAUGUAAUUUAAAUCUUUUAAAUGAAUAUGAAACAAAUUUAAUAUAGAUGUAAAAAACAGAGUAAUUAUUUUAGUAAGGUAUAAAAUUCAUAAUUUAGGAUACGCAUUAUAUUAGGAUAAAAAAAAUUAUAAUGAAGCUAUUAAAUAUUUAGAUGAAGCACUAAUCAUUAAUCCAAAUCAUUAAUUAUCUUUAUAUACCAAGGGUAAUGUAUUUUAGAUAUUUUAAAAUUUUAGCUGCAUCCUUAGGUAAGCUUGGUAAUUAUAAUGAUGCAAUUAUUUGGGCUGAUAAAGUAUUAUAAAUAGAUCCUAAUAAUGUAAACUCAUUAAUUACUAAGGGUUGUAUAUAUUAAAUAUGAUAAAAUAAUAGCUGAAUCUUUAAGGAUGCUUUGCAAUUUUAAUGAUGCAAUUAUUUGGGCUGAUAAAGUAUUAUAAAUAGAUCCUAAAAAUGUAAACUCAUUAUUUACUAAGGGUUGUAUAUAUUAAAUAUGUUAAAAUAAUAGCUGAAUCGUUAAGGAUGCUUUGCAAUUUUAAUGAAGCAAUUAUUUGGGCUAAUAAAGCCUUAUCAAUAGAUUCUAAUCAUGUGAAUUCAAUAGCAACAAAGGGUAAUAUAAUAUAGAUAUUAAAAUUUAGCUGCAUCAGUAAGAUAACUUGGUAAUUAUAAUGAGGCAAUAAGUUUGGCUGAUAAAGCAUUGUAAAUAGAUUCAAAUCAUGUAAAUUCAUUAUUUACUAAGGGUAAUAUAUAUUACAUAUGUUAAAUGUUAGCUGAAUCUUUAAGACUGCUUUAAAAAUAUGUAGAAGCAAUAAGUUGGGCUGAUAAAGCAUUAUAAAUAGAUUCUAAACAUAAAAUCUCAUUGUAGACAAAGGGUAAUUAAAAUUAUAUCUGUUAAAAUAUUAGCUGAGUCUUUAAGAAUGCUUGGUAAAUAUGAUGAAGCAAUUAUUUGUGCUGAUAAAUCUUUGUUAAUAGAUUCAAAAUAUGUAAAUUCAUUAGGAACGAAAGGUAAUAAAACUUUUUAAAAUUGAGGUGCUUGCUUAUAAUCACUAUCAAAAUUUUCUGAAGCAAUCUUUUAUUAUGAUUAAGCUAUUUAAAUAAAUCCAAAUAAUAAUUGGGUUAAAAAUAAAAAGAGUAUUUUAAUAUUUCUAAAUAGAUUAAUGUGAAAAACAACUCUAAAAAAGAGAUCAAAAAUGA